AUGGCGGACCCGGAGGUGUGCUGCUUCAUCACCAAAAUCCUGUGCGCCCACGGGGGCCGCAUGGCCCUGGACGCGCUGCUCAAAGAGAUAAGGCUCUCCGAGGGGCAGCUCCGCGAGGUGCUGGAGGAGGCUGGGCCCGACCGCUUCGUGGUGUUGGAGACCGGCGACAAGGAAGGGGUCACCCGGUCCGUGGUGGCCACCACCCGAGCCCGGGUCUGCCGUCGCAAGUUCUGCCAGAGACCCUGCGAAGACCUGCACCUCUGCAAGCUCAACCUGCUGGGUCGGUGCAACUAUUCGCAGUCGGAGAGGAAUUUGUGCAAAUAUUCUCACAACGUUCUCUCAGAAGAGAACUUCAGGAUCUUGAAAAACCAUGAGCUCUCUGGACUGAACAAAGAGGAAUUAGCAGUGCUCCUCGUCCAAAGUGACCCUUUUUUUAUGCCCGAGAUAUGCAAGAAUUAUAAGGGAGAGGGUCGAAGAGUGGUUUGUGAUAAGUAUCCACAGUGUGAAAGGCUCCACAUCUGUGAGCACUUCACCCGAGGGAACUGUGGUUAUACCAACUGCCUCAGGUCCCAUAAUCUGAUGGACAGAAGGGUGCUGGCCAUCAUGAGGGAGCAUGGGCUCAGCUCCAGCGUGGUUCAAAACAUCCAGGACAUCUGCAACAGCAAGCACAGCCCAAAGAAACACUCCGGGCACAGAGCUCCUCCAGCCUAUCGUAGAGACCCGGCCUACAGAGGUAGAAGCAAGAGCAGAGACCGAUCAUUUCAGGGAAGUACAGAAUUUCUUCCAUCGGCUUCAGCUCCUACUCCAAAUCAAAUCGGCCAUAAGCCUCCCCUGGAUGAUGUGCCCGUAGAGGACCUGGCCCACAAGUUCGUGCGUUUGGGAAAUCAGGAUGGCCCUCAGCCCUCCCCGGUCCUGCCUCAGGCUGAUAAUCUCAGAGGAAGAGAUCAAGUGGGAGGAAGCCUGCAUUUUUCAGAGAAUGGCAGCCCAGAAGAUCUCUGUUAUGGGAAUCAAGGUAGCAUUUACUUCCCUUCUGAUUCAGCGCCUGCUUCCAACCAGAAGGGCCCUGCAACCUGGCUGAAUGGCAAAGGCACUGGUAGAGAGAAUUUGUUUCCUCAGAGUCAAGCUGCCCCUGGCUCUCCUCUAGGUUCUCCACCUGAUGCCAUAACCGCCAGAAAGAGUGUGGGCAUGCUCUCCUCGGACGGCGUGAACACCGAGGGCAGAGGUGGAAAGCAAAAUGUCCAGUAUGUCCCGCUUUUUAAUAAUAAUGUUGAUGGAACGGCCAUAGACAUAAGUUCCACAAGGCCUUUCAAUUACAAAACCGCAACCAGUAGACAGAGGGAAAAACCGUUGCCUAGGAAUCGGGACACCGGAACCACGCACAGUAAUCUCCAAACCACUGGCAAAAUCACAGAUGGCGAUGAUCCGGCAGUGGCAUCUGUUAAUGAUUCUGCAUCGGACGUUGAGAGUACCGGCUCUUCCAGGAUGGAUGAUUGUGGCUCAAAGGAAAUUUGUCUUGACCAUCUGUGUAGGGAUUGUCAAGUUGAAAACUGCAACAAAGUUCACUUCCACCUCCCUUACCGGUGGCAGAUGCGGCUUGCAAACACCUGGAUGGACCUCCAGCCCAUGGAGAAUAUUGAGAAGGCCUAUUGUGACCCCCAAAUCCGCACCUUUUCUAUUGGAAAUAAAGACAUCGAUUUCCAGAAGAUGACUUGUAAUUUUAAUCCUAUCCGACGCAUCUCCACGCCUUCAUCUGUCACAGCGCUGACCAAUUUUGUCUUUGCCACGAAAUGGAUUUGGUACUGGAAAAAUGAAUCUGACGAAUGGGUUGAAUACGGAGAGGAGACGGGCCAUCAGCAAGCUUCAACCAUCGACUCUUCCUAUCUGGAGUCCUUCUUUCUAUGCCACCCAGCGGGCGUUGUGCCAUUCCAGGCGGGUUCACAGAGCUACGAGCUGAGUUUUGCGGGCAUGAUUCAAACAAAUGUAGUUUCCAAGACCCAAAAGGAUGUUGUCAGAAGGCCAACAUUUAUGUCUUACAAGGCUGUGCAGCAGAUUAAAAAUGGGCUCAAUUAUCAGCCGGUGCAGACCCCGUCAGACCCUCUGUCCUCGACAUUGCUUCCUCAGUGGGACUUUGGCUCGAGUGAAUAUGAGUUGUUAGAGAUCGAUAAUCGGUGUCCGGAAUAUGCCAUGAUAAGUGAAUAUUUUAAAACUUCCAUGAAAAAUUUCAAGAUUGAAAAGAUAAAGAAGAUCAAGAACACAAAGCUUUUGAAUACUUUUGAAAGGAAAAAAAUGAAGAUGAACAACAGAGUGGAAAAAAUUCUGUUUUAUGCAACAAGCCGCAUCCAUGUGGAGUCUAUCUGUAAGAAUAAUUUUGACUGGAUCUUACAUGGAACUGGUGAAACCAAAUAUGGAAAAGGAAUUUACUUCACAAAAGAUGCCAUCCAUUCCCAUAAAAAUUGCCAGGGUGAUACCAAAAACAUCGUUAUGUUUGUAGCUCGAGUCCUGGUUGGAAAUUUUACUCAAGCAGAAAUGGCAAGCACCAGCCCUCCCCCACCACCAUAUGACAGCUAUGUGGAUAUAAGGUUGAAUCCCUCCGUUUUUGUCAUCUUCGAGAAAAAUCAGAUUUACCCAGAAUAUGUGAUUGAAUAUACUGAACUAGACAAACCCUGCGUGAUUAGUUAGGAGUGAUGAAUAUAGAGUCAUAAAGGAGGCCAUCACCCUUCUCUUCACUUACUGAGCCAGAUUGCCCCAGAUAAUACAUUUUUACAUUUCUCAUCUAGUUAUCAAAUGCCUUAGAUCAGUGGUUCCCAAACUUUGUUACACAUCUGAAUCGUCUGGGAAGCUUUUUAACAAGUCCAAUGUUCAGAUCGCACCCCGUGCCAACUAAAUCACUGUUUCUGGUGUGAGAGCUGGGCAGUGGUACUUUUUUUAAAUCCCAAGGAUUCAAAUGUGUCAUAGAGUUUGGGAACCACUGUCUUAGAUAUAACUGAGAAAGACGGAUUUCUAAAACAUCUGUAACUGCCAACAAGUUUCUCUCCCAGC